ACCAGCGCUCUUACUGCCUGACUUCUUCUUCUUUAGCUAAAUCAAGACCGCAGGUGGAUUAGGUCGGGAAAAAUGCUCACAUUUUUAGCGACAGUCCCUCUCUUUUUACCCUUCCUUUGAACUUUGGCCUUCCCCUUCUUCUCAUAACACUUUGAAACAAAUGACUUUCUUCUACUGCUACAAUUACAUCCACAACGCGAUAUUACCUGACCAGAUAAUCGUGGCAUUUGAGCCGUUAUGUCGAAUCCUUCUGUUAGUACUACUACUCUCACUCAACGUCCAGCUGUGUGAAGGGACUGAAGGGUCACCGAAGUCCGAAGUACUAAGUAAUACUGUGAUAGAAAACCCCUGCUGAAGAACUGAACAUCAGAUUUUUCCCAUAAAUAAUAUGAAAGUUGGUCAAAAUAAUAUCCAGUUUUGAAAGGCAUCAGCAUAUAGGUAGUAGUUGUUAUAAAAGGAAGAUAUGAAAUGCAAAGAAGUAUUGUAACAUUAUUGGAGAUAAGUUGAUAUUAUUUGUUUGGAAAACUUUAUAUUUUGAUGUAUUGGUUGUCCACAGUUAGUUAUGAAGCAGUCUCACUAAUAAGAAUUCAUCUAAAAUGUUCAAGUAGAGUUUACCUAAAUCUGUUAAUUUUGUGUAUAAAGUUUGAGUGGAAAUACUUUUAUGACACUAUCUGCAAUUAUUAUAUUUAGUUUAUUUGCUUUGAUAUGAUAAAAAUCUGUCUGCAUACAGGCCACAUAUGAAGGAAAUAUACAUAGAACUAAUAAGAUAGAGUGCAAACAGUUAUUUGAAGCAGUUGGUCCUUUCAACAUUUGUCUUCAGGAAAGAGCAGGGACAUUUGUCGACAGUAGGGCAAAAAUGGAUUUGGAGCUACGUCUUGAAGACUGUGUGAAAAUGGCAGUUGAAAACUUACUGUCAUUUUCUUUAAUAAGACCAAAAGCUGAAAAUCUGGAGACAAAUCAAGGUGGAUCCACAAGCAACAGCUCUUCUUUUUUAGAUUCCUCUGUACAAGUCAAAGCUGAACCAGUACAUGUUCAUCCUGAUGAAAUACAUUCAGGCAAUUCAUGCAUGUCUGUGGAAGAUGAAAGUGACCCCCUAAAUUGUGAAAAGGAAUGUGGAAAUUAUAUUGGGGAAGGAAAUUCUCAUUUGCAAAUAGCUGCCAGAGGCAUUUUUCAUGAAAGUCACACAAGAAGCAACAAAGAGCUUGAAGACUUUUCACAGACAGUUGAUAUGGGAGGAAACCUAUUAUCCUGUCUGGAGUGUGGAAAAAAGUUUUUUCAGAACAGUCAUCUUAAAAGACACAUGAAAAUUCAUACAAAAGAGAAGCCUUUCUCUUGCACAGACUGUGGAAGUGGAUUUCCUUCCUCCGGUGACCUAAGAAGGCACAGGAGAACUCACACAGGUGAGAAGCCAUUCUCUUGCACUGAAUGCCAAAGUAGUUUCUCUAACUCGACACAUCUCAAAACUCACAUGAGAACUCAUACAGGAGAAAAGCCGUUCUCUUGCAGUGAAUGUCAGAGUACAUUUUCACGAGCAGGGAGCUUAAAAAUACACAUGAGAAUCCAUACUGGAGAAAAACCAUUUACUUGUACUGAAUGUCAAAGCAGUUUUUCUGAGUCAGGUCAUUUGAGAAGGCAUAUGAGAACUCAUACUGGAGAGAAACCUUUCAGCUGCCCCGAAUGCCAAAGUACGUUUUCUCAGUCAAGUCAUCUAAAAAUACACAUGGUGACUCAUACAGGAGAGAAGCCUUAUACUUGCCCAGAAUGUCAAACUAGUUUUGCUCAGUCAAGUAACCUCAGAAUGCACAUGAAGACACAUACUGGAGAAAAGCCAUUUGGAUGCACUCAGUGUAAAAGUAGGUUUGCUAACUCUGCUCAUCUCAAAAUCCACAUGAGAAUUCACACGGGAGAAAAACCGUUUUCUUGCACCGAAUGCCGUAGCAGUUUCUCUCGCUCGAGUCAUCUCAAAAGGCACAUGAGAACUCACACAGGAGAAAAGCCUUUUACUUGCACUGAAUGUCAGAGUGAUUUCUCUCUCCUGAGCAAUCUCAAAACACACAUGAGAACCCACACGGGAGAGAAGCCGUAUACUUGCACUGUGUGUCAGAGUAGUUUUUCUCAUUCUGGUCACCUCAAGAGGCACAUGAGAACUCAUGUGGGGAAGAAAUCAUUCACAUGUGCUGAAUGUCAGAGUAGUUUCACACACGUGAAUAGUCUCAAAACACACAUGAAAAUUCAUAAAUGAAAGAUACUGCUAUUAUAUAAUUAAUGUUAAAUUAAUCACCGUCUCUUGAGUAAUGUUGAAGAACACUUGCGGAUUCACACCAAAAAAAAAAAAACAUUAAUAUGAGUUAAAAAUUAUGUUACAUGCCCAGAACACGUGGGAAUGGUGUUGCUUGUUUGCAUUACAUGUCAAAAUAGUUUUUUCUUUUAAGUUUUAAUUUUCAAAGUAUAGCUACUUAAAAAUUCAUUCUGAAGUUAAACUAUUCACUGACACUGAAUAGGGAAAUUGUCACCCGGAACUGUACAAUACAAAAAGUAGCAAAAGAAUUAGAGCUCCAAGGGGGAAGCAAUCCAGGUUGAAAUAAUGUGAUCUGUUUUCGGGCAGAGUAGUACCUUGAAUUUUUGGGCUUGGUAACAACAGAUUUCAAAGCUGUAGCAGCAUCUGUGAUAUACAAUAGUAAUUAAUGAGCUUUAAUUUACUACAUGUUAGCCUUUUUGAUUUUGUGUGGAUGAGACUAUAACUGCUGUAUGACUAAGUUCUUUCCAGUGAAGUGCAGCGAUCAUGGAAUGUUGUGCGUCUGUAUCUUAGCUCUUAACAAGUGUUCUCUUUUGUAGUGUAUUAAAUUAAAUAUGGCUACACCAAAGAGGGCAGUUGCAAAGCAUAUGAGUGGACUUGGAAAUUGAUCUUCUUAUUGGGGACAUGUCAGAUUUUUAAUGUAAUAAUUUAGUAUUAACAAGCAAUGUGUGAGUAACAUCAAGAAGUCGGUAAACACAAUUUGUUCUUGUGUAACUAAAUAUGUUUCUCAUAUAUUUGAUGUUUUAGGUGGUAGAAAGCAUGUGAAAGUGGAUAGGGAAGAGGCUGUUGACGAAGCAUUAUAAGCACUCUAUAGUGUCCAACUAAUGACCGCCACAGAAAAAUUUAUACAGCAUUGUGAUGCAAGAAAAUUUGGUUCAAGGGAGACCUGUGUGGCAGAUCCUCAAUGUAUGCAGAAUUGUAAAGCAUAAAUGUAUCAUAGUUUGUGUUCUGACCUUGAGAAAAUUAAGCCUUUUCAAGAAAAGUUUUAGAGGUUAACUAAGGAUGAACAGUUGACUGGUGGAUAGAUUAUUGUAAGCCAGUGAGAGUAAUUUAUUCUAUAAAAUGCUUCCUGAAAAUAUAGUGGUUUCACAUUGCAUGGAUGGACUGCAGUUCUGCAGUAACAUAUGCUAAUGCUAUUUGGCUUCAGAACCUUAAACCUUGUGUAGUUGGCUGUACAGCCAGGGUUUUUGACUGCUUGUUAGUGAGAUGAAGUCUUCCUCUAGAUUACCAUAACAGCAAAAAAGCUUAAUUCUCCAUCUUUAUUUUUUGGAUUUUUUUUUGAGUUAAAUGUGCUGGCAGUCUACAAGUAUCAACCAGUGCUGAAAUGUAAAGUAGAAAGUGUACAUACUGUGCUUAUUUACAUGGGUUAGAGAUAGUAGGAUAGACGUUACUUUUUUCUCCCAAAUAUUGCUUUCACAGUGUAGCCCAUGAAUUAGGAUAUAAUUAUAGCAAUCAAACAAUUCAGUAUCCAAAAUUUUCCAGAAUAGGUUAUGGUAAUGGGUGACAAAACUGAAUAGGAAAGGUUACAGCGUUCACACAAAUUUAUGUACAUAUAGGAAUGUAGGGGAUAACCACUGUGGUAAAGUAUAACUUUUGCGAAAGUUAUCCAACAUUCAGUAUUAUUGAUGAAUGUUAUAAUUGUGCCAGCUGAGACCACUAAUUCACACUCCUCCCCUAGACCUGUUCCAAGCCCUGACCCUGUCCAUAGCCACACUAUUUCGUGAGCCCUCCAAAACCUAUCUUGGACAACCCAAUGUAUUUUUCACCAUUAGGAGGUUCUGCUAACUAUAUUGGCGGUGUUAUUCUUGGAAUCCAAUUUUGACCGCUGCAUAAUCUCUCGUUCCUCCUCCUAACUUUAUUAGUGUUUUCUUUUGCUUUUGGUUUUUUUACUCAGUUGCUUUUUCUUUGCACAUAAUAUGGAUAUGAUUACAGCAUAUCCACUGUUUAGGUGACUUACCUCUGUUUAGAUGACAUGUUGAUGCUUACGUGUACAAGGACUCUACCUUCUUUUAUGCCCUCAUUUUAUUGGAUUGUUUUCAUGCUAUUUUUAGAUUUUAUGCUGUUGGUUCAUUUUUCUUUGACAUUUAACUAUGCAGUUAAGCAUAGUGUGAUCAAAUGUCGUAAGCAUUAGUAUUUUGUGGGUAAAUGAUAAAGCAGAAAUAUGGUAUUUACAGAGUGAAAUUAAUUUUGUUACAAACCCAGCAGUUUAUAUUUGCCUAAUCUUGCAUUCAGUCUCUCCUUGGAUGAACCCCCUAAAAAGAGAAUGCUCCACAUGACCGGUAUUUCUCUGGGUACUAUCUCUAAUGGUGACAGCAAUAUUACUUCCUGAUAUUUUCCAAACUUAUUAAAGGAUAUGUAAGGUUGGGAAGUGGUCACAUUGUUAUGUAGACUGAGGGGUUUGUUAUGUAAAAAUAUUAUUUGGGGUGAAUAUUACUUACUGUUAAAGUCAGCUGGUUUAGUUAGCUUAUACUAUCUCUGUGCCAAUAGGCAAAUCAGCAUUCAAACAAAAGAUCGAAUAGUUGCCCAGAUGAUAACUGUCAAGUACACCUGUUCUCCACCAGGUGUGUUUCAAAUGUUU